AUGUCGAAAGGCCUAAUCAUCAACAUCAUGGAGCAGCAGCAAAAGCUUCUCUUCUCAUUCGGCCGACUAGACAACAGAUAUGAGAGGCUCACUGAUCCUCUCCUGGAGGAAGCAGCUGAAGAGUUCGUGCUGCAAAAUUCGGACCGGUUGAUCGAGAAUGAUACCAACGGCUCCAGCGAAGGGCCUGUAAAGCCCGUCCGGUUUCCGCCCACCGAAGAGCUGGUCAAGAUGUCUCUCAAGUUUGUGCAACAAUUCAAGGAUGUGCCCAAGAGACUAAGAUGGGCGACUUUCGACCACCAAAAGAUGGAAAAGCUUAUUGCGAAACUGGCCAACUUCAAUGACAAGAUGCACGAAGCGCUAGACAAGGCUCAAAUGGACCUUCUCAUUGACAUGCAGACACGUACCAAUGACCAGAUAGUCCUGCUGAACAGGACUAUGUCGCACAUGGUUCAAAUCUACCAAUCUCAGCAGUUAGAACAGAUCAGCUUCCAAAGAUCACACUCAUUGCUAGAGAUGGACAACGCCCAGUACGAUGGACUAAUUGAUAGUGGCGCCGUCAUAGCUCGCGGUGCCGCACAUCAGCCUCUGGCCGCCCUGGCCCAGCAAAACUUCAUUCACCUUGCUAUUGAAGACUCUCGCGAAGAUCUCACAUCAAGCUAUGCACGGGAGAUCAAUAUGCCAGAUCUCCCGAACGACAUCCGCGAUACUAAGCUCCACUAUGCAGACGUACGACCUAGGCAAGGCACCCAAUUUCCUCAAGAAAUUGAUGAGGGUGUACGUACGGAAGCAUACUACAAAAAAACGCCUGUAUGGAUCGAAUGGAAAACUCCUGACACCUCCGGUCCUAUGCAGCAAGAUGGUGGAGUCGAUGCCAAAAUCCAUGCUCGUGUCAAGAAACUAGCUGCUUUGCUCAGUAAGCACAACAGGACAGUCAGGUUCAGAGCACCCUUCUGCCGCGGCUAUUUCAUCGACGAAGACGAAGGACGUUUUGGUUUGGUUUUUGAGAAACCUGCAUCUGUUCCGAUGGAUACGGAGCCUACAUCUUUACAUGCGCUCAUUACUACCCCUGGAAACGACAUUCCUUCAUUGACGGAUCGCAUCACGCUCAUGCGCCUGCUUGUUGAGACAGUCGAACGUCUACAUGCAGUUGAUUGGCUACAUAAGGGUUUGCGAUCCGCCAACAUCUUACUGUUUCCUAAGAAGGGGGGUAAAGUUCACAACGGCCGGGUCAUGGAAGGCGAAAUCAAUUAUGCGGAUCCUUUCAUCAGUGGCUUUGACUACUCUCGCCCAGCUACUAGCGACGAUAUGACCGAACGCCCUCUUGACAAUCCUGCCGCAGACAUCUACCGCCAUCCGUCUGUACAACACAAAGGAAAUCGUGAGGACGCCGGCGGUCGAGAGUCUUACAAGAAAUCCUUUGAUCUUUACUCGCUCGGUAUUGUCCUGUUGGAGAUUGCUUACUGGAGGCCCAUCGACCAGAUUGUCUGUAUUGACCUCGAGAACGCCCGACCUAAAGAUACCUGGGGUGUUAAGAAGAGAUUGUUGGAGAAGGAACCACAACAUCUUCGUGGUGUGAAAAGUCACCUAGGCAAUACAGUAGAAGGUGUGAUUACGGCUUGUCUUCAAGGUCCCGUGGCGUUUGACCUCGAUGAAGAUGCAGACGAGAAGAGGGAAGUUGUCGCUGCACAGUUACAGAGAGCAUUUGGGGAGAAGGUCGUGAAGAAAUUGGGAAGCAUGAAGGGACUAUAG